CGGUCACGGCAACCACACGGUGUUAGAAAAAUGAAUAAACUGGUGCUUCUUUGCCUCAUAUCAUCGUUGGCUUCCAGCACACUCGCAGCUAGUAUUCUAGAAAAUGCAGUGAAAUUGCUCAAACACGAAAACAACAAUGAUGGCUCCGGAAAUUACAGAUUCUUUUUUGAACAGUCUGAUGAGACGAGACACGAGCAGAUUGGGACCUUAAGGAACGCUGGGACAGACAACGCGUUUGUAGCAUCUGAAGGGUUUUAUACCUGGCGGGCCCCUUCUGGACUGUUGUACUUAGUGAAAUACAUUGCUGAUGAGAACGGAUUUCAGCCAACAGUUGAAGAAGGUCCAGGCGCCUUGCCUCCUGCGGCUACUGCAUCACUUUUAGGCUAAGUUGAUACGAUUGGAAAAUAUGUGGAUUUCGUUUUUAGAAUCAUAGACUGACCUUUCUUACGAAUGUUUUCAAAAGAUGUAGGCGAAUUUUGACCUUUGCCUACUAUUUUUUAAGUAGGUAUGCUAAAGUUCAUGUUUCUUAGAGAACCUUGUG